AUGCUGGCGCACGUGGAGGUGGUCACGAAAGAAAGGGAGACAACUGAAGCUUGGCUAGAAAACGACGUGAGGGCUCUUGACAUUAUCGCGCAGGGUGUGGAGCUACAACACCCGACAAAGAAACUUUCAUCUACGCGUGCGAUUCAAGCGUGGUUAAUGCUUAGCGAGUUCUACAAUCGAACUACACUACACAAUUGGGCCACGAUGCCACGCCGCUUCCACGAGUUCAAGAUGGAUGCUAUAAUGGCCAUGGCAAAGCAUUUGGACGCCUUCGAUCAGCUCGUUGUCGGUCUUUAG